AUUUUGGGUCCACGUGUAUUUCUAUUAAUUUAAAGCCGUAAUUCUCGCUUUUGGCGGUUUUGAGUUGAACUGCGUUUGUCCGUGCGGCGUUCGCAAGUGUGCGCUUCAAGAUGACCAUCCGCCCAGCAUACAGGCCCAAGAUCGUGAAGAAGCGCACCAAGCACUUCAUCCGACACCAGUCGGAUCGAUAUGCUAAGCUGUCGCACAAAUGGCGCAAGCCCAAGGGUAUCGACAACAGAGUGCGUCGCCGCUUCAAGGGACAGUAUCUGAUGCCCAACAUCGGUUACGGAUCGAACAAGCGCACCCGCCACAUGCUGCCCACCGGAUUCAAGAAGUUCCUGGUGCACAACGUGCGCGAGCUGGAGGUCCUGCUCAUGCAGAACCGCGUCUACUGCGGCGAGAUCGCCCACGGCGUCUCUUCCAAGAAGCGCAAGGAGAUCGUCGAGCGCGCCAAGCAGCUGUCGGUCCGCCUCACCAACCCCAACGGUCGCCUGCGUUCUCAAGAGAACGAGUAAGCUUAAGAUUCUUGAGAGUUCUUGUAACGUGGUCGGAAUACACAUUUGUAAACGUUAAUAUACCGGACUUUUAGUUAAAAGAG